UUCAUAGUUACAUAUAUAAGCAAAAUUUUUGGAUGAAGAAACAUUCCCAGUGUCACAGCUAAGGAAACAACAUGAUCGGAAAGUUCACCCUCCUUGUCUGCCUGUUCGGCCUCGCCAGCGCUGGAAGCCUUUACGGCGGCGGGCUUGGCUACAGCUCCCUCGGUUACGGAUCCCUUGGCUACGGCAGCGGUUACGGCUACGGUGGCUACGGCUACGGACAUGACAUCGGCUACUCCGCCCCCAUCGUAGCCAAGACAGUAGUCGCCCCUGUAGUCAAGACCAUUGCGCCCAUCUCCUACGCUCCCGCCAUCUCUCAUGUCUCUCAGUACAGCUACCACGGAUCUCCCGUCAUUAAGUCUUACGCCCCGUUGGGUUACUCUUCGUACGGACUUGGACACGGCUAUGGUAUUGGACACUCUGCGUACGCCCCUCUUUCUUAUGGUGGAUACGGACAUGGAUACAGCCACGGUGGUUACGGAUACGGCGGUUACGGAUGGUAAAUUUUAGUAUAAUUGUAAAUUAUUUAUGUAAGAAUAAUAAAUGAAUUAUCUACAUCAAUAAUGAUUCUUUU